GCCGACGCUGCAGAAGCUCAACAUCGGCCAUGGAUUUCAACGUGAAAAAGAUCGUGAAAGACGCGGGCACGGCGCUCAGCAGGGUCGUCCAGCUGACCGAGGAGAAGCUGGGCAAGUGCGAGAAGACGGAGCUGGAUCCGCACUUCGAGCGGCUCCUCGAAAGGGCGGAAAACACCAAGAAGCAGACGGAGAAGCUGGUGAGGAGCGCCGAGGCGGUCCUGGUGCCCAAUCCAAGCAACAGGAUUGAGGACUAUAUCUACGAGAAGAUAGACAAGCAGAAACCGCCUCGGUUGAGCAAUCUCGAGUACAUGGGGCUCGAUAUGGUCGAAACCGGAACCGUUUUGGGUGCCGGCACCCCUUACGGUGCGACGCUGGUCAAGGUGGGACAGUGGGAACAGAAACUGGGACAAACCGAGCGGGAGUUCAUCGGGAUUGCAGGGAUGUGCUUCACGCAACCCCUGAAAAGGUUCCUCGACACCGAAAUGAGGACGAUCGCCAGGGAACAGAGCACCCUCGAGAUGAAAAGGCUAGACUUGGAUGCUUGCAAAAACAGGGUGAGAAGGGCGAGGAGUAUGCUGGGCCAAUCGGGAGAAAUACCGGCGGAAUUCGCACUGGAGCAGGCGGAACAAGACUUGAGAGUGGCCCAGUCCGAGUUCGACCGGCAGGUGGAGAUAGUGAAGCUCCUGCUGGAAGGACUCGGCUCGUCGCAGGACGAACACCUGAAAUGCCUGCACGACUUCGUCGAAACGCAGGCCAGAUUUUACUCGCAGUGCGCGACUGUUGCAGCCCAGUUGAGAAGGGAACUGGACAAUUGCUGCAAAUCCGGCCCUGUCCUGCGCCUGAACAGCGAAGAGUUGGAGUGUCUGAAUUCCAACGCGCAGAACGAUUCGUACAACAACGUCGACCUAUCGAGAGUAUAAAUUUUAAUAGCACUUCUUCCAUUUACAGCUUCUCCUUUCUCACUCUAAUUAGCUCGCCACUACGUUUCUGCGCGUAGGGUUGCCAAAUAUAGAUGGAUAUAUACUGCGGUCUGGGAUAUUUCCCUGUAUAUUUUGGCAGACAUUGAGAGCAUGCCACUGAUUUCUCUUGAAAUAAAAAUUACUCUUGCAAUCUCCAAUCAUUUCUAAAGAAAUUUCAUUCCUUGAUUUUUUUCAAUCCGAUGUACUGUUUCCGCUUAAAAAAAUAAAAACCGAUAUUGUUAUGACCAUGCAAAGAAGUUCUUGUUUUUUAAUGUGAAAACCGUACAUCGGAUGGAAAAAAAUCAAGAGAUUAAUUCUUUGGAAAUGACUGGAGAUUGUAAGGAGAAUUUUUAUUUUGAGAGAAAUCAGUAGCGUACCAUCAACAUCUGCCAAAAUACAGAGGUAAAAUUCCAUACGCCCGCCACUGGUGUAUUUUUAAAAAAACGUGGUACACUAAAUAAUGCAUCUUGAUACAUAGUAAAUGUGUGUCAAAUUUAAUUCAAAUAUUUAAAGUGGUAUUACAGACACUAAAAAAAUAUUUAUUAAUUUUUUUUUUAAUUUUACAUAUUUGCAUUUCAAAAGUUAAGACGUUUAGGACGCAUGUUCAUAUGUUCAAAAAUCGUAGAAAGCAGCCUCUAUAUCUGAAAGCAAACACUUAGAAAAGCUUUAAAUAAUUUUAUGAGGAACUUUCUGCAAAAUUCGAGAAAAUAUAACAAUUUGUAUUUUCAAUUUUUCUCCGUAAAAUAGGUCUAGGAAUUGGUACAUUUGGAGCAUAAAACAUGCUUUUAAAUGAAGCCACGCAAAGGAAAUUUCUUUUUUUAUAUAUAAACGAUCAAAAUUGCACAAAAAAUUCUCGUCAUAAAUAUGUAAAUAAUAAUAUAAUAAUAAUAAUAAUAAAAUAAACUAUUAAACAUUUUAAACAUUAUUAUUAUUUUAUUAAUUGAAUGAAAUGCUUCUAAAACUAGCUGACGUAAUACAUCCUAAUAAUAUUCAAUCAAUUAUCUAAUAUGGCGCAGUAAUCUCAAGAUCAUGUCUGACAUAUUUUGGGCUUUACGGACAACAACGGAAAAUUCAAUUUUUACGUUUUUUCGGACUUUGCAAUGAAAUUCUUAAACAUUUUAAUAAUCUAACCGGCACUAAAUAUAAAUCGGUAAGUUUGGCAACCCUGUCUUAUGGUCGAGACUAGUGCUAGUGUUGCGUUACAAAAUCGUAAUAUAUCUAAAAUACUCUUUAAGAUCGACGGAAGUAAUUUUAAAUUUAAAUCGGUCUAUAGUCAAUUACCAUGUCGCAUUUCAUUUGACCGCAGCUGUACAGGGUGUUCAAUUUAAAAUGGACGUACGCCUCUGUUUAUCUUUCCGAAAUGAAGUCUACUGUCAUGGACCGUUUGUUGUAAUCUCCGUGUUGUUGAAAUAAAAGCAAUAAAGAUAUGUUUCACGUU